AUAGAUCGGCAGCUUCAGGAUGUGUGGCAUCUGGGCCCUGUUUGGGAGCGACGAGUGCCUUUCCGUGCAAUGCCUGAGCGCCAUGAAGAUCGCGCACAGGGGGCCCGACGCCUUCCGCUUCGAGAACGUCAACGGCUUCACCAACUGCUGCUUCGGCUUCCACCGCCUGGCCGUCGUCGACCAGCUCUAUGGCAUGCAGCCCAUCCGCAUCAAGAAAUUCCCUUAUCUCUGGCUCUGCUACAAUGGGGAAAUCUACAACUUCAAACAGCUGCAGAAGCAAUUUGGAUUUGAAUAUCAGACAUUAGUGGAUGGAGAGGUUAUCCUUCAUCUUUACAACAGAGGAGGAAUAGAGCAAACAGCUUGCAUGCUGGAUGGUGUAUUUGCUUUCAUCCUUCUGGACACAGCAAACAGAAAAGUUUAUCUGGCAAGAGAUACCUAUGGG